AUGAACCCUUCAAAGACUAGAGAGCUUAGGGCUCCAGGACCCUCGUACACAAGCUACGCAAUCCCACACUCGUCCGAGCUCUCCUCAGGCCCUGUAGACCCUGUACGCAAAACCGCAAAACCCGGGUCCACCGAUCGCAGUCCCACUGACACAGGCACAGCUGAGCAAAAGGAAGAUGUUCUCUCCUCGCUCUUGUCUCUGUCUUUGGGAGAAACGGGGCGUCCUAUUGGGCGUGAUUCCUUCCGGAUCCAGUGGGUCGAGGAUACUCCAUGUCGUGACACCCCUGCCCUUUUACUAGAUGUUCACGACAGCAGUCCAGUACAUCGUGUACAGAAGGACGCAGUGGAGUCUGGGUACACCCCGUACUCUUCUCUGGACCGUGCUCCCCAAUUCCAAAUUCGGACCAAUCCCGUCCCUGGUGCACGGUUCCCUGUUCUCUGGAUGGGCAGUGACAUGUCAAUGCUUGCCCUUCAUAACCCCAAAAGCUUCCCCCCUGGCGCUAGUGCCUCCUGGGUGGAGUUGCCCGCACAGCCUAUCGCAAGUGCUCACCAUGGGACGAUUCUUGCUGCUUUAGGGUCGAUCGACUCUCCGAUCUGGCUUAAGGCGCAUAUCCCGUUCGAUUUGAAUUCCAACGUACGUGACUCCUAUCCACUGCAGUCGCCCUCAAUGGAAGCUGGCCUGCACAUCGCAUUUUUACCUUCGCCCUAG